CAGCAUUGUGCCGUCGCAGGCAACGGGAGUGUUCGAAAAUUCCUGCCACGUGACCGGCGCUGUCUCUUUUUCUUCCCCGCGCCUCUCCUGCGUGCUCUCCAAGGCGAUGAGGACGCGCGGAGGCAGCUGCGUGUGUGUAGGAAGCCAUGGGGGAAGGCAGCGCUUACAGCCAAGAGCUAGACUUUGGAGGCGUGGAGCUGGAGCUGACUCAAGAGAAGCAAAUGAAAGAAAUGUUAGAACUUUCCAUAUUUGAAAUGAACAAUACAAUAGCAGAACUAGAGAAAAGACUUAGCAGAACUGAUGAUGAAGACAGUGAAUGGAAAACCAGAUAUGAAACCCAAGUAGAACUGAACAAACAGCUAGAAAGGCAGAUUGGAUUUCUCCAAGAAAAGAUGGAGCAUCUUGGUGGCAACCCAACAGACAAACUGGCUUCUGUUCAUUCCUUCGAGCAGAUGCAUAUGAAUUCUUUAAAUCAGUUUCUUAAAAAACUGGAAGAGGAGAAGAAAAGUCUCCAGAAUCAGCUGAAGGAGUAUGAACUUAGACUUGAUCAAGAGGCAAAGGCUUAUCAUAAAGCCAAUGAUGAACGCCGUGCAUACUUAGCAAUGAUUUCACAAAUAUCAGGAUCUCUAAAACCAUUAGAGAAGCAGAAAAUAGAUGCAGUUGACAUGAAGAGCGAGAACCAAGUUCUGAGGAGAAAGUGUAAUAUUCCAAGAAAUCAAAGAAUACUGGACCCAAAGAAGGGACCAAUUAAAAAAACAGCAGGAGUGAAGCAUCUUCCAAAACUGAAACUUUGAUUUCUUAUCCUAGAAUUUCUCCUUUUGAUGUUUAUUUUGCCAUUUGCAAUUACAGUAAACACAAAAUGUUAUUUUAAAAUAGUAUUUUAAAGUAUUCCUCAAUCCAAAUACAGGAUUAGCACUGAUAAUAUUACCUAGUUUGAGUAAUGAAACAUCUGCAAGAAAAUGACCGAGCUCCGAGAACACCAAAGACACCUCAAAGAGAAAUUCUUAUGGCAUAGUCUGAAGAUAUACUCUCUACAUACAGGAACAAUGUAAGGAAGCAUUAUAGGGGAUUAUAUACAUGUUGAGUCUGGCUUUUAAGAUGUCAUCCAGAUCUAAUACAUCAUUCUAAUCCAGGAGUUGAAGUCCACAAGUCUUAAAGUUGCCAAGGUUGAGAACCCCUGUUCUAAUCCAAAAGCAAACAAGCUACUUUAUGGCUUACAGUGUCAUGUACAAUUAGCCUUAUUUCUUGUUGAAAUGCAAGAAGCUGUAGAAAUGUUUAUGAGUCUAUAUUCCACACUGAACUUUGCCUUCUUUCAAUAGACUGAAGUGGAUGCAGGCACAACAGGCAUUCUGACACACACAAGCUUUUGAAAAGUAGUUUUAUUAUACAAAAGGAGCGGAGCCAUUAUGAACAAAUUUCAGAAACUUCUGUGUAUUGAACGCAGGCCUUAUUUAUAGUGAAAGCAAAGUUUACAUUUUUACAGUUCAGUGCAUACAGUGCAUGGUAUAUUUGUCUUGAAGCUACUCUUUUUUUGGGCAGUGGGGUCAUUUCUUCCUGUUCCUUGUUUUGAACAUGGACUCAUCUGGUUUAAGCUAUUUGCUCUUGCCUUUGAAAAUAAGCCAGAACUCAGAUGUGCCUUGCCCAAGCUAAGUACACCAGAGUGAGAUUGACUAAAAUUUCCUUUACCGUGUGUGCAGAAUCUGUUGGUUCUUAUUUGGAAUCAAAAUGAGAAA